CAUUUAAUAUAUCUCAAAAAUCUCCAGUUUCCCAAGAGCAGUAUCAAAUUUUCAACAUGUCCGCGACGAGCCUUGUAACCAUUAAGUCGAUCCCCUCAGCGGGAGAUGUCCUGCGGGGUAAAAAUGUACCAGUUCACCGCCUCAACGCGAAGUUUGUGGCCAAGGCCCAGGAGAAGGCUAAGAAAGUGGAGGAAUUCCUGACUAGGACGAAGACCACUUCGUUGGUUUCCUUGUCAGGACUUGCUUCCCGAUAUGAGUUCCAUCGUCUCCAGGAGCUCGACGAGUGGUAUGAGCCAAGGAUCAAGUUCCACGACGAGGCCGAUGCCAGUUUGCAUCCCAGCUACGAUAUAAAGCACUUUCAGUAGUCAGUUAAGAAAGAACUUGCUGAGUUACUUAGGUUUCCUGACACACCAUUAUUUCCAGCGAUCUUAAUUGCUAUGUGCGGUAUCUGGACUCCAAAGCGAAAUAUGAUAGGCAGUUCCUUCACGAAAUGGAGCACAUUAUUGCCAAUCAACGCAAUAUCUGCGACCAGUUUUUCCUGAAGAAAAUCCUGUGCUAUAAAACAAUGUGGCCCCCACUGCAUACAAAGAGGGAACUGAAUAACUUUGUCUCAAAAUUCUUUCAACUGCCUCCUAAGGAAAAACGUCGCGUCGAGUAUCUGUUGAAAACGGAUUUAAGUCUGGGUUGCUAAAACUGAUCCAAUUGCAAAGUAAAUGAGCCUUUUUAUUCCACUUGGAAAUGGUUUAAUUAGCUCAUUUAAUUUUGCAAUUAUUCUCUGCAAAACUGAUAAAAUUACCUUAUGGAAAAUUGUACAGCCAAUAAAUUUAAUUAUGCAAUU